GCUCCCCGCCGCUGCGCCCCCCGCAUCCGGCUCGCGAUCAGAAGCAACGGGAAGAACCCCCCGCACCCAGCACAAGAGAAGAGAAGUGAGAAAAGAAAGAGCAAAGAGCAAUGGCCGACGACACCGUCCACCAGCUGCGAUACAGCAUCUCGGCGCUUACGGCACGGAGCGUGACGAUAUACCCGACGCGGGCGGCGGUGGUGCGCGACAUUGCGGAUGUGGCGAUUAAGCCAGGGAGGACCGAGAUCACGAUCAACAACCUGACGCCGCUGGCGGACGAGCACAGCAUCAAAGUCGAGGGGCACGGGAUGAGCGCGGGGGCAGUGGUGACGGACAUGACGGUCGACUCUGUGGCGAACCGGAUGAUGGGCGAGGACAGUGAGGACAGCGAGGAUAGUGAGGAUGGCGAGAGCGAGGAGAGCGAGGACGAGGACGCGCUGAGGCCGCCGGAGCUCAAGGCUGUCAUCGCCGAGUUGAAGGCGCUCCGGAGCACCCGCGAAGAACUGCAGAACCGCCUGAGAUCCGCCGGGGAGCGCCUCGGUUACCUCAGGAGGAACAUGCAGUACUGCGCCGAGAACGUGCCGGCGAUGCCGGAGUUGGAGGGGUACAAGAGCCAGGACGAGGCGCUGUACAAGGAGAUGAAGGGCGUCAGGGAGGAGAUCGAGAAGGUUGACAAGCAGAUCAAUGCGGUGGUCAAGAAGGAGGCGAGGUUGCAAAGGGCGUUUGAUCGGCAGAGGAGGAAGCCGAGGAGGGAGAGAGAGUUGAAGAAGGCACUCAAGAGGGAUAAGCGCGAGGAGAAACGCGAACAGAAGCUCCAGCUGCCGUCCCGCGUGUAUCGCAUCAAGAUCACGGUGGAGAACGGGGUGCUGCCGGCUGAGACGAAGACGGUGACCGCUGUGGCGGAAAUGGGUAGGUCUAGGAAGCCCGAGGACGACGAGAUGCCCGUCAGGGAGCUGCCAUACCUGCGGAUCUCGUAUAUCACUGGCGGUGCGUCGUGGACGCCGCAUUACGAUCUCAGGCUCGACUCCACGAAGCAGCAGGGGACGCUGACGUAUCGUGCGCAUUACACCAAUCGGACCGGAGAGACCUGGAAGGAUGCGAAGAUUACACUCUCGACGAGCCAGAAUACCUUCAGCGGCCUGGAGGAUAAGGUUCCCUGGAUGGCAGCGUGGAAUGUCACCUUGCAGAGCGCCUCCAGCAGGGAAGUCAGGGACGACGGAGGACUUCUGUCACCGGCGGAGGUCAAACUGCGAAAGGAGCUACAUGCUGUUACGCAGUCGUCGAUGCCGCAGGAGACGGUGAACGUUGUGAAAGACACCUACAGACCUAGAUAUAGUUACAACCCUGCUAGUCCUAGUUACAGCCCUGUUGCUGCUACCAACACUGCCCCCGAAGCCCUUCGCGACGCUCUGCGGGCGAAAAAAAAGCGGGUCUCCACCGCCACCACCACAUCAUCAUCCUCGUACCGGGCAGCCGCCGAGCCUAGUUCCGAUGAUGAGAGGCGCUUGACGCGAUUUAAUAGUGCUCACAGGGAGAGGGAGAGGGCGUCGCCACCAUCACCACCACCACCCCCGAGUGAUGGCCCCUCCUCCAGAUUCCCACUCGCAGAGCUAGCCAAACUCCAGGUCGCCACCUCAUCGGCCGAGUCUCACGGGAUGACGACCAUCUACGAUCUCCCCGGCGUGCGCACCAUCACCUCGUCCAAGCUCAUCCGGCGGCACAUAAUCACAGACGUGACGCUCCCGACCGUCGAGUUCUCUCACCUCGCCGUGCCCAAGCUGCGCUCGUCAGUAUUCCUCAAAGCGCGGGUCAUCAACCCCAAAGCGGGGGGCGUCACCUUCCUGCACGGCAAAGCCGGGCUGACUCUCGACGGCUCGUUCAUGGGCAACACGUCGAUUCCGCUGUGCGUGCCCGGCGACCACUUCGACGUCGGCCUCGGCGUCGACGAGAGCAUCCAGGUGCACUACUCCAAGCCCUCGAAAAAGUCCAGCAGCCAGGGCAUGAUCAUGAUGAAGGAGAACGUAGUCAACUACUGCCGCUCCAUCCGCAUCCACAACGCCCGCCAGGGCCCCGUAAAGAUCUUCGUGCUCGAUCAGGUCCCCGUCAGCGACGACGAGAGGCUACGCAUCUCACUCUUGCAGCCACGCGGCCUCAGGGACGAGGGCGAUCAGGUCGCUGUCGCCCCCGCGAAGAGUAAGCUGGGCACCGCGCAGAUGAGGAAGAAUGGUGAGAUACUGUGGGAGCUGCGCAUGGAUAAUGGCGGCGAUCUGGAUUUGCCGCUUGAGUAUGAGGCGAGGAUGCCGCAGGGAAGCGCUAUCGUCGUCAAGUAAGGAGUGCGGAGGUGUAACGAAUUUCAAACGAAUGUAACGGUUGUACCAUGUAUCUAUUUAAUGUAGCUGUUGUCCAGUAUGGAAAUCGAGACUGUGUUCAAUGAG